CUCAUUGACGUGGGAUUCGGGAACGAACGACACGUACCUGUAGGCCUGGUUCACGCUUCACGAUGGCAUCCAAACGAAAAUGGUGGUCGACAUGGAGCUGCAGGAGAUUAAAGACGCGGUCCUGCAAAUGAUAGCGGAUAAAGAAAAGACCGAGGCCGAUAUACGUGCGUUGAAGGAGGUCCUAGAUUCUAAUCAUGUCGGCAUGGACGAGCCGCUGGUGGAUGCGGAAGGAUAUCCCAAGCAGGAUAUCGACGUUUAUCAAGUGAGACACACGAGGCACAAAAUAAUAUGUCUCACAAACGAUCACAAAGCAUUGAUGAAGAAGAUAGAGGAGGGUUUGCACAAAAUCCAUGCUCUGAUGGGGGCAAACGAAGUACAACAGCCACUGUCCAGUGUGCCUGAUAAUCAGGAGGUAGAAACGCUGGAGCCUUUCCUCAGAGUGAAUUUGGUCUCGCCCGGUUCACCGGCAGAGAUUGCAGGAAUUCAAGUCGAGGAUCUGAUAUUGGAAUUUGGUUCUGUUCACUACCGGAACUUCAAAUCCUUAGCGGACAUCGGGAAGUUAGUGGAAAAUAGUAGAUACAAAGUGGUCAAUGUGAAAAUUAAACGUGAAUCCAACGUGAUAGUUCUGUCAUUAACUCCACGUCCUUGGGUUGGCAAGGGCCUCCUGGGCUGCAAUGUGGUACCUUUAGAAGUAGUUGAAAGGUAAAAUUACGUCAGUGAGCAAGAAAUUAUUUUGUAAAGUCACGAA